AUGGCUCCUCUUCAAGACCUCCACGAUCGCUACUGCUCGUUUAUACACCGGACUGCGGACAAGAUUCGUCUAACAAAACAUACAGUUAUCACGCAGCUAAUAGCUGAAACUCUCGGGACUCUUCUGCUCAUCUUUUAUGGCGACGGAUCUGUGGCUCAGAAAUUCCUCGGCUCAAGUAAACUGAAUCAGUUUCUCACUGUCAGUCUCGGUUGGGGUGCUGCCGUGACAGUAAGCAUUGUAGUCACCGGAAAGGCCUGUCCAGCCAUUCUGAAUCCGGCCGUCGCCGUUUCCAACACAAUCAUCGGCGCUUUGCGAUGGUCUCUGCUGCCUGUAUACAUACUACUUGAAUUCCUUGGAGCCUACUUGGGAGCUGGCCUAGUACUGGCUGUAUAUAACGCAAAAAUAUGUGAAUAUGCGAAAAACGAAGAUGGUGGACAAUUCUUGACGAACAGUACGGGUGGCAUUUUUGUGGCCAAUAAGGGCUCAAGUGUUGGAACGGCGGUGGUAGACCAGAUCGUUACAACCGCCAUCCUCGUAUUUGGCAUUUAUGCCAUCACUGAAGAUAGACUGGUUAAGAAGUCCCCCUUCACUACGCCUGCCGUGGUGGGAAUGGUGGUGUUCCUGGCUGUCGGCACCUACACAGCAAACGCUAGUUCAGCUCUGAACCCAGCUCGAGACUUUGGUCCUCGUCUGUUGCUCCUUUCAACUUGUAAGUUUUUGUUAAAUUUUGAAAUAUUUAAAUUUUUUCGAAUGGAAAUAUUUAAUUAGGCAAAAAUGAAACACUCGGUAAGCAGAAACGGAGCUGGAAGUAGAGUCCCGUGGGAUAGGAUACUAAAAUUACGGUUAAAAGUAACCUUAGCGUGCGUCCGUAUUUGUAAUUGUCGAUGCAUAUACAAACUCAAUCCUAUUUCUCACAUUCAUUUUGCAGGCAGCUGUGUCUCUAAAUUUGGAACUUGAAGGAAAGCAGCAAUUUGGUUUUGACAGGCGUGCAAACAGGAGGAUAGUCGGGAGACUGUUAGUAUUAUAGUUGUUGCUUUAUAUGAAAAUAUUCGCAGAUGUCGAGUGCAAGGCCUAAUGUGGUGUUUUGCUCUUAAAGCACUUCAUGGGCAAUAAGAAACUUUUGGGAUAUAAAUAGUAGCAGAUAAAUUAAAAAUCAUAACGAACAAGUACAGUGCUCAUUAUAGGAUUUGCAUAAAUUAGUGUGCAGUUGAUGCCUUCCCGAAGGGAACAAUUUUACAAACUUACUUCGCAACACGGAGAAAAUCAACGACAAUUUUGCACAUGAGCUUUAUGGGAUAGGAUAAAUUCACUUAAUCAUACGAAUUCGAGAGCAAGCAAGCUCAUCAGUUCAGCAGACGGAUUUGUCUUAUUGUGACAGUAGGACAUGGCCGGAAAUAUACUUAACCGAAUAAUGGAAGGCUAAUGCGUAAUAGCCAACUCAUAAGCAUGCUUUAUGGAGGCCCGGUUGAACAAUUCUCUCCAUUGAUAGAAGAAUUUUAGAUUUUGACCAAUACCUCGUGGACUGCUUCAUUCUGUAAGCAACUCAGGCGUACCCUAAAAUAAUCUCUAAAACCUGUCGCACACGAACUUGGAAACCCAUUGAACGACGAGUAUGUAUGCCAUCUUCUAGAACAGUUGUUCUCAACUAAUGUAACGCGUCACACUAGUGACAAAUUUGGUCAGAACAUUCAACGACAAUAAAGGCCUUAGAGAACCUGGUGAGAGAUUUUAGCGGUCGUUAAUGCUCCACUUACUCACAGAAAUCAUAUUACAUUGUUUUAUGUCAUUCAUGUCUCAUGAUCUUACCAUAAAGCAUGAUACUAAUGACGCAUUUCACCGAAAUGACUUUUGCUUUGAAGGUCUUUCCCGUCCAUAAAAGAUUGUUUGUGCCGCGAAUAGCCGUACAUUUUGAAAUUGGGGCUCAAUAAGAUGGGAUCGGGUAGCGAUGGCAUAGCUUAUCUCUUCUGGUUAGUCAAAGGGGAUUUCUGGACGCGAACGUAGUAGUUGUGUGAAGACGAGAAAGAACUUACGAUUGCGCAUUAUUUUGAUGACAAAUAUUCUACGGCAGUUAUUGGCCAAGCUUGCUCACUUUCAGAAAACACGUCUGUACUUUAGGGUUAAUGUUAAGAUAGUUGAUCUUCAUAAAAGGAGCAUUUGUUUGUGGAAAAUUGUAAAAAAACGCACUCCCGUAAACUGGAUAAAGCCAUCUAUCGGAAAGUGAAUGAAUUUAAACGGAAGGCGAAAUGUAUCUCUCCUAGUUAUCUUAUGGCCUCAGGGCGUUUUCAUACAAAUGGCCUACAUAUAUAUAUAUACUAAGUAACAUUUUUUAAAAUUUUAGACUGGGGUCCGGAGGCUUUUCGAAUUGAUGACUACUACUUCUGGGUCCCGUUAAUAGCACCUAUAAUUGGCGCAGCGAUUGGGGCCAUCUUAUACGAGCUACUCGUUGGUAUCCACACAGACAGAGAGAGUGAGAAGGCAGAAGGCAAUGAAAUGGAGGGUUUGGAAGGCGUGUAUGAUUCGCAAAGUGAUUACUGA